AUGGCGCUGAUGAGGGCACUAGGCCGCGUUCUAGGAUGCCUGUUCCGGUGGCGUUCUAAGCGCAGCGAGCAGAUCGCAGAGUUCAAAGAAUGCUGUCAGCUGGUGGCGAUCAAACGCGCGGGAGGCCAGCUCGACGACGAUAACUUUUGGGUGCUCUACGGCUUCUUCAAACAAACGGUAGUUGGCGAUUUCAAUCCCAAGGACUUGGAGGACAGCACUGAAGCUGACAGGCGCAAAUGGGCGUCUUGGCAGAAGUGCAAGGGCAUGAGCAAGGCUGACGCAAUGGCGGCGUACAUCGCUUUGGUCCGCAACCUCUACGGCUACCCGACCAACACCGAUUCCAUGCACCCGACUAUGUCCAACGCCGUCAGCCGGCCGAAAGUGCAGCCGGACAAUGCGUCGGAUGCGGACGAAAGCGAGGGCCUGUUCGCGCUCGUGGCGGAUAACCACGUCGGCAUGGUGGACCUGCUGCUGAAAGCUAACCCCCAUCUGGUGAAUAUUCGCAGUCCGGAGGGGCUCACGGCGCUCCAUAUUGCCGCGGACAGGGGCCACAUCGAAGUUAUACAGUGCCUCCUGAAGCACGGCGCUGACAUUGACGCGAUGGACGACAAUUACGACACGCCGCUGCUGGUGGCCGCGGCGGCUGGCAACCGGCAGGCGGUUAGCGUGCUGUUGCGCAACGGCGCUGUUGAGUACCGCAGAAAAUCGGAUAGCGCAGAAGCGCAGCAUACGGUGAACGUCCCGGCCUCCAGCUGUGGCGGCGGGGCGGCCGCCGUGGCACCCUAG